CUCUCCCUCCCGGCUUUUAGGUUUGUGAAGGACUCAAGGUUCAAAGGCCACCCAACCCUCGGGUCUUCUGAGACAUAUACACAAACAGUCGGAGUGCAUUCUAUUCUCGCGCCGGAAAGGGAGGGCAAGAGCUUGAAAGAAGCGAUAAUGAAGUACGUGCUGGUGACCGGUGGAGUGGUGAGUGGACUUGGCAAGGGCGUCACAGCUAGCAGCAUAGGCGUCGUCCUCAAAGCUUGCGGCCUGCGUGUCACCUCCAUCAAAAUAGACCCUUACUUGAAUACUGAUGCUGGUACCAUGUCCCCUUUUGAACACGGGGAGGUUUUUGUUCUUGAUGACGGGGGAGAGGUUGAUUUAGAUUUGGGCAACUAUGAGCGUUUCCUCGAUGUCACACUUACAAAAGACAAUAAUAUUACGACUGGAAAGAUAUUUCAGUCUGUCAUUGAGAAGGAAAGGAAAGGCGAUUAUCUUGGAAAGACUGUUCAGGUGGUUCCUCACAUUACGGAUGCCAUUAAGAACUGGAUCGUGUCAGUUGCUCAAAUUCCCGUAGAUGGUGCGGAAGAUCCCGCUGAUGUCUGUGUCAUAGAGUUGGGAGGAACUGUGGGUGACAUUGAAUCGAUGCCAUUCAUCGAGGCUUUGAGACAACUAUCCUUUUCUGUUGGUAUAUUAACUAUUUAUGAUGAUCUCUAUUUCACGUCAUCCAUUGCAGGACAAGACCACUUUUGUCUCAUUCAUGUGAGCUUGAUACCUGUACUUGGUGUUGUUGGAGAGCAAAAGACGAAGCCUACACAACAUAGUGUGCGGGAACUCAGAGCAUUAGGCUUGACUCCUCAUCUAUUGGCAUGCCGCUCAGCUCAGCCUUUGCUGCAGAGUACUAAGGAGAAACUAUCUCAGUUUUGCCAUGUUCCGGAAGCUAAUAUUCUUAAUAUCCAUGACGUCCCAAAUAUUUGGCACGUUCCUCUGCUACUUAUGAAUCAAAAUGCUCAUCAUGCGAUCCUUAAACAGCUAAACUUAGUGAGUGCUGCAAUGCCUGCUGAUUUACGAGAUUGGACCGAGAUGGCAGAGACAUAUGAUAAUUUAAAAAAUUCUGUGAGGAUUGCACUGGUGGGGAAGUAUGUUGGUCUAACAGAUUCAUACCUUUCUGUUGUGAAGGCCCUUCUUCAUGCUUGCAUUGCGUGUUCAUUGAAACCAUCAAUUGAUUGGGUUGCAGCUUCUGAUCUUGAGGAUGAGAGUGCAAAAUUGACACCAGAAGCUCAUGCUGUUGCAUGGGAUACAUUGAGGAAUGCAUCAUGCGUCUUAGUCCCUGGAGGUUUUGGAGAUCGUGGUGUGAGUGGGAUGAUAUUGGCUGCCAAGUAUGCUAGAGAGAACAACAUUCCAUAUCUUGGAAUUUGUUUAGGCAUGCAGAUUUCCGUGAUUGAAUUUGCUCGAUCGGUUUUGGGACUGGAAGGGGCAAAUAGCAUGGAGUUCAACCAGGAGACACCUGAUCCUGUUGUGAUUUUCAUGCCUGAGGGUUCAAGAACACAUAUGGGAAGCACAAUGCGGUUAGGUUCUCGAAGGACACUUUUCCAGACGUCUGAUUGCAUCGCUGCAAAACUGUAUGACAAUCCUCAGCAUGUUGAUGAACGCCAUCGACACAGAUACGAGGUAAACCCGGAGUUCAUUGAAGCUCUAGAAAAUGGCGGGCUGAAGUUUGUAGGAAAGGAUGAAACUGGAAAGAGGAUGGAGAUUUUGGAGCUUCCAAGUCAUCCAUAUUACGUAGGUGUGCAAUUUCAUCCUGAGUUCAAAUCACGACCUAGACGACCAUCAGCUUUGUUUCUGGGUCUCAUAUUAGCAGCAACUGGACAGCUGGAAGAGCACAUAAAAAAGUAGUUGGCAGAAUGGAAACUGACUAUGCUUGAACCUUACAAAACAGUCUUAGUGAGAAGAAGGUUCUUGUAGUUUUUGGGGGAACUCAUUGGACAGUGACUUGUGGUUUGCGUUUGAUUUCUUUUUCCCGUUCCUUGGCUGAGAAGUUACAUAAAUUGUUACCAGUGGAAGGUUUUCGUAGUACAGUGCAGGCAGAAGUCAUAGUUAGAGUGCCUGCUAUACAGUACUAAAUGAUUUUGAAUGGUGUCGGCUUCGUUAUUUGGAUUGAUCACCAUCUCAUUGUUACGGGAUGUCUGUCAGCGAAUGCAACCAAGUUCGAUCUGUAGUUGCUUUUGCCAAGCCUUCAGUGCUAUGAUGUGUUUAUAUCUCGCUAGGCUGUCUAUUGAUAUCGAUGGAGGCAUGGAGCAACUUUGACGUAGACUCGAUGAUGCUGCGUUUCUACAAUGAAUCGCUUCCUCGUUUCUACAAUGAUCUCUGUUGUUUGCUAUUGGCAUUUGGUUGAUGCGAGGUUGAACAUUGCACUUACUCAUUUAGUUCAUUUAUGGUUCAGUAAGCAGAGUUCAAAAUCGAAACAGGAAC